AUGACUGGAAAGCCUCACAGUAAUACCAAUCCUCGAAAAUUCAAAGAAAAAAUUGAGCUUCUAAAGCAAAAAGAAGCCCAGCUUACGGCCAAUUUCAUGGAAGUUAUGCGAGGGAUUCCUACGCUAACUAGAACUGUGGCCCCCUAUUCCGACUAUUCUAGCAAAGAAAUUGUCCAACUGGACAACUUUUCGUCAUCUUCUGGAGCACUACCGGGCUGCAAUGUGCACAGCAGUGGCGGCGGCGGCGGUGGCGGGAUGUCUCAGGCCGCCAGCAAAAUCACUCCACCGCCACCACAGCGACGGAAAGUCGGUAACAAGGCAGCACCUAGCCUACCGCACCCCGACUCCGGAUUCGUUGUCUACACCGCCGGCUCUGGUGAUAGAGGCGACAAUGGACUUUUGUCCCAUUUAUCUCCGUUGAGCGGAAGCGGUGGGAUUAGCACGACACAGGCAUCACCCUCAGCCUACCAGCCCAAUCUCGCUCCCGUGUCAAUACCCACGAGCUCCGUUUCUCCUCCCUCUCCCCUCACGUCCUGUUCUUCCACCAGCAACCCGCAGUACUACGGUGAAUUGCCCACUACGAGCCAGAGCAAGGUGUCGCCACUGGGCAUCACGCCGUCCGCCGCACUCGCUUGUCGCCGCCGCGUGCCACCACCGGCGUACCCUCAGGCCCCACCGCCGCAGUAUCUGAUGCGGGGCUUCGCAAACGCGCCCUCGCAGUCAACCUGGGGCGUCUCCUCCGUCGGAAGUGCUGGUUUCAGUUGCGCCGGCCAGCCUGGCGUCGUGCAGGGCGCUAGAGAGGUCAGCGCCACGAUGCUGGGUGGAAUGAGUCUCGCCGACUAUCGAAGCCGCAGCAAGCGGACCAGCCACCCAAAUCCCCUCACCUCUGAACGGCGACUUGCCGUAGUCCAUCCGAUGGGGUUUGAGGCGGCUGACAAGCGGCGUCCCGAUUUGUCACUGAGCCAUCGGAUUUCCUCGUUGUGUUUGGCACUCGUUCUGGCCGAGUCCAGCGACCAGACAGCCUCCGACUCAUGUAUCCCUAACAUCUUCCUUGACCAGGGACAGCCGCCCUCGCACUUGAGGCGGAUUCCCCCAGGUCAAGAGCCGCACCAGCGCCAGCCGACUGCUCUCCCUCCCGUCAACGAACUUACCUCACCGCGCUAUUGUAACCCGGUGCCCCCACCAGCAGCAAGCUUGUACCCCAACCACUCUGGUUACCCCAACGGUGGACUCACGUCACGAUGUCGCCACCAGUCCUCCACGACCGCCUCGCAGCCCACAAUUGGGCCCCCGGUGCUCAAACGCCUCCCCAGUGAUUACCAAAGCAUGCGGAACAUCUCUCAACGCUACGGGCCCUCUCCUCCUCUUCCGCCGCCUCCGCCUCCCCCACCUCUGACGCUCCAGCAUUCGUCGACUGCUUACAGCACUGGAGUAAUGCCACCACAACAAUACCAAAUGCCUUCUACAAUGCGUAGUUGGACGCUUAAUGGGGAUGCUGGUGAGGAGUCGUUGUCUGCCUGCGCCUUGCCAACAUCCUCGCGUCUGAAAAGACAGCUGCGGCUUCACGACUUAGUUGAGAUUCGAGAACGAAGCCGAGUAUCGAGGUCAUGGCGAGAGAUGCCGCCUGAAUACGGAAAACGGGAGUCGAACUACGAGGUCAGGAUGGCUGGUUGUCGAUGGGUGGUGUCUUCAGUGCCACCUCAGCGCACAAAAGCGUUUCCGUCAGAGACCGACUCGAUGCCCAACUUCCCGCUGACAUCGGCUCACGCGCCGCCGCCGCCGCCCCACACCGGCGCAGACACGCAGGUGGUCUACUCCAGCCACCCCGCGGCGCGGUGCGUGAACAGUCGCGCCUACUUCGACGCCUCCACGGCACCAGCCUCGGCCACGUCGGCGCCGCCCCCCCUCAUUCCGGCCCCUCCGGAGUACUACCAGAGCCUCUCGGCCUCGCCGUUCUCUCACCCCCUCGAACCGCAGAACACCGCCGACAUCGAAGCAUUUCCUUCACCCGAACAGGAGGGCCGACGGGACAGUUUCAGCAUGGCCGUGGACCUUCUGUCUCGAUUAGAAAAGCGUCCGGGAGACGGCUCUCCUCCGGCCUACAGCGUCGCCACGUGGCACGGCAGCAGUGGCGCCACCAUCCUAACCUCACCCCCCAAGGCAGCGAAAUUCGACGUCACCGCAGCCACCACCACCACCGCCGCCACCACAACCCCAUUCUACCUCCCCAUCGCAGCUAACGACCUCCAACUCCUCACGGAGCCCAGCAUGGCCAACUACGUCACCGACGCAGCUACGGAGGACCAGCUCGUGCGCGAGCAGUACUCGCCCCUUGCGCCGCUCCCUCCCCGAUGA